AUGGGCACUCUCAGCAUCAUGUGCUUCUCCUUUGAGGCAUAUAUGAAAGUUGCAGUUGUCUACCUGUGUGAUCAUUUCAGAUUGUCUGACUCCACCUGGACUAUUCGCAACAUAAGGAAAACUACAGAAUCCCCAGCAUUAGCAUGGUCUUUGGCACCACCGCGCCUGGCCUCCGUCUCGGAGCUCGCCUGCAUCUACUCGGCCCUCAUCCUGCACGACGAUGAGGUGACGGUCACGGCCCUGGCCAACGUCAACAUUGGGAGCCUCAUCUGCAGUGUAGGAGCUGGUGGACCUGUCCCAGCAGCUGGCGCUGCGCCAGCCGGAGGUCCUGCUCCUUCCACCGCUGCUGCCCCAGCUGAGGAGAAGAAAGUGGAAGCAAAGAAGGAAGAAUCUGAGGAGUCUGAUGAUGACAUGGGCUUUGGUCUUUUUGACUAAACCUCUUCUAUAAGCUGCUCAAUAAAAAGCUGAACUCUUAAAAAAAAA